GUUUAUUUUUGGAUUAAUUAAUAUAUGGAAACUUAAGUGCCAAAAUAAGGAAACAAUUAUAUCCAAUUAUUAUUAAUUAUCAAAAAAAAAAAAAAAACAUAGUCCUAAGUCCUAACGACACUAGGAAUAGGAAUUGAAUGUAACUCGCUAUAAAUAUGCGAAACUACUCAAGCUUCUAGCACUAAAAAAAUCAUAAUCUCUUCUUCCAAAAUCGUAAACCCUAGUGUUCUCCGAGAAAAGCCACAAUCAUAAUUAUCAUCAUGUCUUUGUCUUCGAGAGCCACGUUAGUCGUUUUGUGUUGUCUGUUCGUGUUGAUUCCAUCUUUUACGACAGCAACAACAGAACAAGGACUUCAUGCUAGAUGUGAAUCUUACAGCUUCAACAACGGAAAAAGCUUUCGCUCGUGCACGGAUCUUCCGGUGCUAAACUCUUAUCUACACUUUAAUUAUGCUCAAGAAACCGGAGUUCUUGAAAUUGCCUACCGUCACUCCAAUCUUGAGUCUUCUAGUUGGAUCGCGUGGGCUAUAAACCCGACGAGUAAAGGCAUGUUGGGAGCUCAAGCACUUGUGGCUUAUCGAAACUCAACUUCUAGUGUUAUGCGUGCUUAUACUUCCUCCAUUAAUAGCUACUCUCCUAUGCUUCAAGAAUCUCCUCUUAGCUUUCGUGUAAUGCAAGUAUCCGCCGAGUAUUUUAAUGGAGAGAUGAUGAUAUUUGCAACUUUAGUCUUGCCUCCUAACACAACCGUCGUUAAUCACUUAUGGCAAGACGGUCCGUUGAAGGAAGGAGGUAGACUUGGAAUGCACGCAAUGAGUGGAGAUCAUCUCAAAUCCAUGGCUUCUUUGGAUUUGCUUUCCGGACAAGUGACAACCACAAAAUCAGUUAACAGAAACAUGUUGUUGGUAAAGCGAAUCCAUGGAAUAGUGAAUACAGUAAGUUGGGGAAUUUUCAUGCCUAUUGGAGUUAUGGCUGCAAGAUAUAUGAAAAACUACGAGGUAUUAGACCCCACAUGGUUCUAUGUACACGUAGUGUGUCAAACCAUGGGUUAUUUCGUCGGUUUGAUCGGAGGAUUAGGAACAACAAUCUACAUGGCGAGACAUACCGGGAUGAGGACUACAUUGCAUACCGUGAUAGGAUUGCUUCUAUUUGCUUUAGGGUUUUUGCAGAUACUUGCGCUCAAAGCAAGACCGGACAAGGAUCAUAAAUACAGAAAAUAUUGGAACUGGUAUCAUCACACGGUAGGAUACAUAGUGAUUGUACUAAGCAUCUACAAUAUCUACAAAGGCUUGUCAAUUUUACAACCCGGAAGCGGCUGGAAGAUUGCCUACACUACCAUAAUCUGUUGCAUUGCAGCGUUUGCCAUUGUGAUGGAAAUUUUACAGUUUAAGAAGAGAUGGGCUGGAUUGUUUUGCAAGAAAACCAAAAACCUAGAAGCUGAUCAUCAAACUGCCUCCGUUGAUGUGGUCUAGACUUUGGUUCUUUUGCUUUUUGGGGAUUUUAAGGUUUUCUUAGUUAUUUAUUAACAUUCGUAUUCCUUCUGUACAAUUCUUUCUUAAUUUUUACUUGUAAAAUACGAAUUACUUAUGAUUAAUAGAAAUUCUUUUAUUCAAUAAUUCAACAAGAUUUUGUGAUUGAAUAAGAUACUAUUAUUAAUUCUUUUGUUCUUGAACUUGUGCAAUGGCCGUCCCAUGUUACACUGCUGGUAAUAUACUCUUCACAAAUUUUCUGUAGAUGUGAUAAAACUUUAAUGUACUUAGGUGGACUAGAUAUUAUUCAAAAUUUAGUGUCUGAUCUUUGCAAAUUUCAAAGAUACCAAACUUUUUUUUUUUAGCUUUGGUAAUUUCCACACUAAAAAAGACUUUGAAAUUUAGGGUUUCCAUUAAGCUAACAAAUGGUUUUAUAAAUUCGUGAAUUCUGUUCUUUUGCAAGAUUUAAGUAAACUGAAAAUAAGAAAAUAAAUAUUUUGAAAUCUUGAUCUAAGAAGUUUCGAAAUUUCUUUUCCAGCAGAAGUUAUAUUUGAAUAAUCUAGUAUGGACCUUCAGAUCUGUAAUCAUCACAAGGUCGGCGGCGGAGUAGAUAGGAGAGACGGAAAAGGCGGAAGGGAAAAAGCGAGCGGCGGAUUUGAAAUUCAGAUUGAAAACUAUAAUUUAACGAAGAACUUCAUGAUCCCCUCAGUUUUUGUUGUUUUUUCUCCACAUACUUCUCCGCCGCUUCUAGCCUUUCAUCCCUACCACCCUCCGCCGCUAACCCGUCUUCUUGCAUAGCCGCCACCGCCGCCUGAAGGUUUCAGAACGGUCUCUUAUAGAGUUAGGGUUUUGUUUGGCCCUUUUCUGAUAUUUUAGGACUGAAAUGGGCCGAACGGAGAGGCCCAAUAACGCAUCUCUAUAGACCACAUGAAUUAAAAAAUAUUUUGGGGCUUUUUCUGAUAAAUUCAAUUUUAU